GCAAAGCGACGCAGACGUCGCCGAGCAACAAGCGACACCACAAAGAGAGACAGACAGAGACAGAAAGAGAGCGAUAGAGAAACCAAUGAGGUAUUCCACAAGGAUGCAUGAUAGCUGGCCAGGAUUGGGCACAGCUAGAGGCAUUUGCUGGCUGCUGUUACUCCGAAUGGUGCUAGCAGCUCCGCCCGCCUCACAAGCGGAUAUUCAAGGACGCAUUAUUGGCGGCCAGCGUGCGGCAGCUGGACAAUUUCCAUGGCAGGUGAUACUGAAGCGCGAUGAAUGGGAUGAUUUGCUGUGCGGCGGCUCCAUCAUAUCGAACAGUUGGGUCCUCACCGCGGGCCACUGUGCGUACGGCCGUAGCUCGCUCUAUCUGAUCUUUGGCAGCGUUGAGCUGAAUCCGGAGGAGGCGAUAAAUAUGACGGCCACACAGCUGUACGUGCAUCCCAAUUACAAUGACAAGAUGAACAACGAUGUGGCCCUGGUACAGCUGCCACAGCAGCUGAUCUUCUCGAGCACCAUCCAGCCCAUCCAGCUGGUGAGCAGCCAACAGGCGAGCAACAACUAUGUGGGCACGCAGGCGACCAUCGCCGGCUUUGGCCUGAUCGACGAUGAGUACUUGGACUUUUCGCAGGAGCUGCUCUAUGCCCAGGUGCAGGUGAUUGCCAACGACAAGUGCCUGACGAUCUUUGGCUCGAACGUGGUGCUGGCGUCGACACUGUGCGCCGAGGGCUAUGCGGGCAGCACGAUGUCCACGUGCAGCGGCGACUCCGGCGGACCACUGAUCGUGUACAGCAGCAAUGCGAAUGCCUGGAUACAAAUUGGCAUCAAUUCGUUUGUCGCCGAGGAUCAGUGCACCAGCGGCUAUCCGUCGGGCUAUGUGCGUCUCACCUCGUUCUUGGACUACAUCGCCGAGACAACGGGACUGACACUCAGCUAAACUGAUGCCAUGGCUCAGAUAAUAAUCAAUCGAAAGUCCACUUCCUUCUAUUUCGCAAAAUAAAGCGCAAAUAUAUAGCACUCGAAUAAACCAAAAA